AUGUCUAGAACUACAAAACCUUCAAAGCACUCGUCAACACGAAAGGGGAGCUCGAGCUCUGCCAAUCCACAGCCUGCUCCAACUUUUCUAUUUGUCGCCAACAGACUCGUCAUCAACGCUCCAGAGCGCGACCAGUAUUAUCACCAUAUUCCACCUAGUUCCCCAGGUAACUAUGGCGGCGAAUUCCCAAGUACAGUUAUGCGCUAUCGGGACGGUGACGUUACAGAUGCUCCGGAUUUUUACUGGCAUCGCGAUUCGAACGCCCCCUCGGAUGGCCAACUAUUAAGGUUGGAUGCUCAAGGGCAAUACGUGAGGGAUAACCAAGGCUACUGCUACCAAGCUCGGGAAUACAAAACAUUUGGAGUGGCUGCUUGUAACCCACUGCUGCCCAUAAUGGUGGCAGAGCAUGAUCCGCUCGUUACGUCGGUGAGCUGGGACCUUUUACGCAUAUUCCAUCCGAGGAACCAUCCUGGCAUGUCUCAAGUUGCUACGAUCAAUAGUCCAAUGGGACAAGGAGGUGGACCGGUGCUCUACGCCGCGGGUAGAUCUCCCAGCUGGAUUCCAGGUCUAGUACCUAGGACGUAUGGAACGCUAGUGUCCAAUGCACCCUCGGCAGGUCUUGGAGGAGAACUACCUAUCAUUCUGGGACUCAUGGCGUUGACUGCACCCCGAGACUCUUCCAUAAGAGACGUGUUUGCGGGUCACAAUCGGAUUUGGAGGCAUGGACGAUGGACGAGUGAUGGUGUUCCUCGUGGACAUCCUCCAACGGCUUCGGAUGAUCCAUCAGCUUUUGUUGUCAAGGUGUUUCUUGACCCGGACAACCCAUAUUCUACACGAGAUUGGCUUGAGAAUUUAGAGUGGCACACGGCUAUUGUUCGAGAAUCAUGA